UUUUCGUUUACUUUGAGAACUCCCUACUUUAUCAAAAACCAAAUCGAUAUUAAGACGAAAUUUGCUUCUUAAACUCAACAAAAAUGACUUACCAAUUGUAUAGAAAUACAACUCUUGGUCAUACGUUGCAAGAAAGUUUAGAUGAAUUGAUUCAGUAUGGACAAAUUACACCUCAAUUGGCAUGUAAAGUUCUAUUACAAUUCGAUAAAUCCAUAAAUCAGACUUUGGCAACUAAAAUUAAAUCUCGAUUAACUUUUAAAGCUAAUAAACUCAACACAUAUAGAUUUUGCGAUAACGUUUGGACGUUCAUGUUGAAUGAUGUUGAGUUUCGAGAGGUACAAGAAAUUACGCGGAUUGACAAAGUAAAAAUUGUAGCGUGUGAUGGGAAAAAUGUACCGGAAGAAGGUGGUUCGAAAAAAUAAGCUUUAUGUGUGUUUGAAUGUUGUGAGGAUUAUUUUUAAUAUUUUUUUCAAAGAUUGUCAAUAAGUUUUGUUUAUAAGGUGUUAAUUAGUUAGAUUAAUAAUAGAAAACGCAAAUGAUU